CUGUUUGUGAGCCCGACUCACAGUGCUGCAGAAACACGAGGUGAAGCCGGAGAGAGGAUUGAUUUGGGGAUUUUUAUAACAACACUUCCAACCCACGAUCUGUGUGCCCGACAGAGGGACACUUCCCUCCACCAUCUUUGGAUUGGAGGUUCAAAUGGAGGGAGUGCUGAUUUUAAAAUAUGCAUCUCUUCCCAACUUUUCCUCUCGGGACGCGUCUCCUCCGUCACCACCGGAUGCUCCGGAAGAUUCAGAUCUCCAAGCAUCUUGCCCCCUGCUUCCCACCAUGUGUGUCACAGCUGCACCACCACCACCACCUCCUCCUCCUCCACCUCCACCGCUUCCUCCUCCUCCUCCACCUCCUCUUCCUCCUCCUCUUAAUGCCCCUUCUUUUGGCUCCCGUAACGUCCAGAGACGAUCCAUGAAGAAGCUGAACUGGGACACUAUCCCCAGCCAGCGCGUCCUGGGCAAACUGAACGUGUGGACAACGCAGCGACCUCAGAGGGACCUGGUGCUGGACAUCAGGAGCAUGGAGGAGCUGUUCAGUCACGUGGACAAACGGGCAUCGCUGAGAGACUCGAGGCUCCUGGGUCAGAAGAAGUGUGAUGGCAAGGAGCUCUUUCCACAGGAACCUCAGGUCACAAUCCUGGACUCCAAAAAGAGCAUGAACAUCGGGAUCUUCCUGAGACAUUUCAAGAGACCAGUGACGGAAAUGGUGCAGGACAUUCGUCAAGGGAACUGGCUCAGGUUUGGAUCAGGGAAACUCAAAGAGCUGUGCAAACUGCUGCCAGAGGAAAGUGAGGUGAAGCAGCUGCUGUCCUUCAGUGGGAACCUCUCUGUUCUACCUGUGGCCGAUCAGUUCAUGGUGCAGCUGGUCAAAGUCCCGGGCUACGAGGAGCUCCUGAAGAUGAUGGUGCUGAGGGAGGAGUUCUUUCCCCUCAUGGAGGAGGUGAAGAACUCUGUCGCUGUCAUGACCAAAGCAGCGAAUGAGCUGCUGGACUGUGAUGACCUCCACUCCGUCAUCCGCCUGGUGUUGAAAGCCGGGAAUUACAUGAACGCUGGUGGUUACAGUGCCAAUGCCAUCGGCUUCAGGAUGACGUCACUGCUCAAGCUGGCAGACACCAAGGCCAACAAGCCGGGCAUGAACCUCAUGCACUAUGUUGCCAAGCAAGCAGAGGACAUCGAUGCCGAGCUGCUGACCUUUCCCAGCCAAAUUGAACACAUCGGUUUGGCAUCCAGAAUUUGUAAAGACGAGUUGAUCAGCGACUUCGAGAGAGAGGUGAAGAAGAUCAAGGAGGUGAAACUGUACAGCAGCAGACAUCCCGGCCUCGGGCAGCAGAUGGAGACGUUCUUCCUGAGGGCCAAUGCGAAGCUGGACGAUGUGGAGUCCUCGGUCCUGGAGCUCAUUUCUCUGAGCAACGCUGUCGCUGAGUAUUUCUGUGAAGACCCAGCGACCUUCAAACUGGAGGAGUGCUGCUCCAUCUUCCACUCGUUCGGCAAGCGGUUCGAUACGGCCGUUCAGGAGAACCGAGGGCGAGAGGAGGCCGAGCAGAAGCGCAAGCGGAAAGAGAGCAUGCGGAUCUCAGCCAAGCGACGCUCCACAGUGUCGUGUCCAGCACCUGAGCGGGAACUGGAAUCCAGCCUGGAGUCGGCCCUGCACAGCCUCCUGUCCACCGUCCCGAAGGGAUUAGACAGGUGUAGGAGGAACAUGCUGUCCCCGAUCGUAGGAUCCCCCUCCGGCCACAGCCCUCAGCCUGGAAAAACUGAUGCUUCACCCAGUACUACACCAGAGAGGCCUGAGAAGAAACAAGCCAAACUGCAGGAGGAGAACGAGGAAGUAACAGAGCUGGAGGACAAAGAGGAAGCUGAGAAGAUGCGUGAGAUUACUCGGAAGGUGCUUCAAUACCAAAACAGCCGGAGCAGCCUCGACGGGGACAGAGUUUCAGCCACUCCCCCUCGCUCGGACACUCCAGCUACUCCGAGUACCCCUCGCCCCAGAAACAGAAACUUCUUCUUCGCCAACAACGGGAACGUGGGCUCGCCGUGGACAAUCCUCAGCCCAUUGACUUGUUCCCAGGGAAACAUCCCAAACCAGAACAGACAAGCACACCCACAGAGACUGUCCCUGACGCAUGGGGAGGACGAUGAUGGAGUCUGGGAGAGUCAAGAAGGAAAUCAUCCUCCCAGUGGUGUCAGGCGGACAUCUCCAUCCGGGGGCUCUGCGUCCGUGCCCGAGUGCCCCCAGCAGAGAGCCGUGUCUCAGGGUCCGAUCCACAGGUCUGCUUCCAUGGACGAAACCAGGCAGUCUCCACUGGCUCGCUUCCGGCUGGGGGACUUGUUCCAGAGGUCGUACUCCUCUGGGUCAAGGACAGAAACUAUGGGGGACGAAAUCCCGGGAGUGUUUCCACUGCAUCGUGGAAAGGGGAGCAAUAACGACGAGGGGCAGAUGAGCAGCAGCUCAGGGCUCAUAUCGUUCUUCAGACGCAUCGGAGGCCGGAGUAAGACUGGAGACAUCGAAGAUCAACACUUCACAGAAUCCAGAAAUUUUUCUUAGCGACAGAAACAACGAUUUUUUAUUAUUUUUUUACAUGUUUUUUAAAUGUAUUUUUGUCAGUGUCAUGGUUUUAACCUUCGGUGGAAGGCAAGCGAGCACUUGCUUCAAACUGUGAAGGGGUUGUGAUUUUUUGGAAGUCGGGCAACGUUCAAAAAUUGUAAUCUAUUCCUGUCUUGUCUUUUUUGUGUGUAAUAAAGGCACUUUCAACCUUUUUAAUCA